AUGGCAGCUCCGACGUCGCUAGUCGUCGUCACGUUCUUUCUGUGCUUCAUUCUCUUCUACCCGGAACAAACAGCUUUAGGGCAGGCGAUGCCGGCGGUGCCGCCGUCCCAGCAGCGGCUGACCUCCGGCACCGAGCUCGCUGCUCUCUACAGCCUCCGCUCUUCUCUGGGUCUCCGCUCCGGGGACUGGCCGAGGAAGGUGGACCCCUGCGCACGAUGGGCCGGCGUCCGGUGCCGAGCAGGCCAUGUCGUGGGGCUCGAGCUCCCCGGACUCCGCCGGACGAGAGUCGGUCGCCGGAACCCUAAGUUCGCCGUUGACGGCAUCCAGAACCUCUCGUUCCUGGUCUCAUUCAACGCCUCCGGGUUCGCCUUGCCGGGUCCCUUCCCGGACUGGUUCGGCCCCCGUCUCCCACCCUCCCUCUCCGUCCUCGACCUCCGCCAUUGCUCCAUUUCCGGUUCCAUUCCCUCCUCUCUGGGCAACGCGGCGGCGCUCAGCUCCCUGUACGUCUCCGGCAACCUGCUAACUGGGCGCAUCCCUCCGACGAUCGGCGACCUCUCCAAUCUCACCGUCCUGGAUCUCUCCGGCAAUGCGCUUACAGGGUCAAUACCGGCGACCCUCGGUUCACUCGCUGGACUCACCUUCCUCGAGCUCUCCGGUAACUUCCUCGCCGGCCCCAUUCCGCCGGAGAUUGGGAAGCUGUCGAAACUGGUAACCCUGCGAGCUUCCAACAACAGCCUCGCCGGAGCAGUACCAGCUGAACUCGGAGAUCUCUCCUCGCUGGUUACCCUUGAUCUCAGUCGGAAUUCUCUCAGCGGAAGGAUCCCAGAGGAACUGAAGAAUCUGCAAAGCCUGCUGGUACUGGACGUAAGCAGGAACUCCCUCUCCGAUGCUCUCCCUGAUAGCCUCUUCCGGAGCCUCCGCAAGCUCCAGUCUCUCUAUCUAAACAACAACAAUUUCUCUGAAACAUUGCCGUCUUCUCUGUGGACCCUCUCCGAUCUUCGUCUCCUCGAUGCCUCCUACAACAACUUCAGCGGCCGCCUGCCAGGUUUGGUGGUUGACUUCAAAGCCGGGUCCGGGUUCUUCAACAUUUCCCACAAUUCUUUCUUUGGGUCCAUACCCAUCGGAGAAGGGAGCCUUCUCAAGAGGUUUGACGUUGUGGAUAUCUCCGACAACUAUUUCCAGGGCCAGGCACCCCUCGGCGUCAACGCUUCUUUCGAGCUGAAUUGCUUCAGCGAUACUUCCCGCCAGAGAAGCUCGACCACGUGCGCCGAAUUCUAUGCCGAGAGGGGGCUGGCAUAUGAUGGAGUCAACGGCACCAACUCAGAUGGAGAGUUCCCCCGCCGGAGGAGGAAUGUGCACCUCAAGUAUAUACUUGCAGGGGUUCUUGGCGGCGUCGCUCUUGGGAUCGUCCUGGUUGUGAUGGUUCUCUGCUGCCUGAUGAGGCUCAGAGCUGCCACUGCUGAUCAGAAAAAGGUCGCCGACGACGCCGCUUAUGCCGGAGCUGGGCCUGGAAUCUCUGCAGGUUUCUCCACCACUGGGACCUCCUUCACCUACGAGCAGAUCCUCCGGGCUACUUCCAACUUCAGCGAGUCAAAUCUGAUGAAACGUGGGCAUUCAGGAGAUCUCUACCGGGGCACCCUGGAAGGCGGCGCUCCGGUGGUCGUGAAGAGGAUCGACCUGAAGGUUUCCAAGAAGGACGUUCAUCAGAUCGAGCUGGAUUUCUUCUCGAAGGCUUCCCACACCAGACUGGUCCCCUUUCUGGGACGCUGCCUGGAGAAGGACGACGAGAAGAUCCUCGUCUACAAGUUCACCCCGAAUGGCGAUCUCUCUACUUCUCUCCACUGGAAAUCAGCGAUGGAGGAAGACGGUCUGCAGUCACUGGACUGGAUCACGCGAAUGAAGAUCGCCAUUGGGAUCGCCGAGGCUCUGUGCUAUCUGCAUCACGAGUGCAGUCCUCCAUUUGUCCACAGGUAUUAACUUUCUGAGCAUUCAUCUGCAACCCAUUUGAUCUUUGUCGUCUUAAGCAGUUCAUUAGCAUUCAUUUGCAACCCAUUUUCUGAAAUAAGAAUGUAUUAAAGUUUUUUCCCUUUUUUUUUUUUUGCCGUUUGCUGAGUCAUUUAUGUGAAUAAUUCUAGAGAUAUCCGAGCAAGCAGCAUUCUUCUGGACGACAAAUUUGAAGUCCGGGUUGGUAGCCUGAGUGAAGUGUGCCACCAAGAAGGCGAUGCCCACCAGAAUAUCCUCUCUCGGUUCCUUCGUAAGUAAGUGAUCCGGUGAUAUUAAUCGACCCAGAUUUUAUUACUAGAUUGGUUUUUUUAUUUAUUGGUAUUUUGGUCCCGUGAUUGUAGAAUUUCACUGUGGUCUUGCGAAAUUGUCUCAUGCUGUGACAUUUUUCUUGAUCUAUAUGACAUUUAUAUGCAUAUAAUCCCUGCAAUUUGGUAAGUUUCAUUUGGAAUUAAUCCAUCUCUUUCUUAUCCUGAUGCGCAGGGCCCCUGAUCAAGGCACUUCAGGUACGUUGACGAACCGAUUGUGUGAGUAUGCCUCGCCCACCUUUUCCUUGCGGUUUUCGGACCUCAAAUCAAAGCCCAGAGAGAAAAUAGACCUAGCGUUGACCUCUCCCGUUGACCCUGGUGUGAAGAGACUCUGACUCUAACUCUGACUCAUCUUUGUGCUCGGUCAAUAUCCAGGCUCAGCGCCGGUCUCAUGCGCCUACGACGUCUACUGCCUGGGGAAGGUGCUGCUCGAGCUGGUCACCGGUGAGCUCGGGGUCAGCAGCUCCGACGACAUCGCCGAUGGUGACUGGCUGGAGAGGACGCUCUCCUGCAUCAGUGUCCAUGAGAGGGAGCUCGUGGCGAAGAUCGUUGACCCAUCACUGAUUGUGGACGAUGACCUGCUGGAGGAGGUCUGGGCCAUGGCGAUUGUUGCCAAGUCCUGCAUGAAUCCCAGGCCAUCAAAGCGGCCGCUGGCCAAGCAUAUCCUGCGGGCACUGGAGAGCCCAUUGAAGGUGGUGAGGGAGGACCAUAGUGGUGGCGGCUCUGCCCGCCUACGGGUCGGCUCCUCCAGGGGCUCCUGGAACGCCACCCUCUUUGGCAGCUGGCGGCACAGCUCCUCCGACAUCACCUCUGCCCCCAGCGCGAGGGAGCCGGCGGCGGGGCUGAAGCUAGAGAGCCCCGGCGAUCGUUCCUUCUCCCGCGGGAAGCCCUCGAAGGAGAUCUUCCCGGAGCCCACCACCGGCGACUGCCACCACGACGACCUGCCCAGUCCUCCGCCGUGA